AUGUUUUUCAUCAAGUUCUCUUCCAUAGUCAUUCUCGGACUCGCCAUAGCCGCUCCAGCGCCUUUCGCGGGCGAUGACGCAAUGGCAGAGAGAGAUGCUAUUGCACCUAUUGAUAAGAGACAAGAGAUUCACUGCGCAUAUCACCAAGUAUGCUAUUGUGCAAGAACUAAAGUACGAUUCACUUGUCAAGAUGUAAAUGGUUGCGAGCUUGGUUGUCCUAAUGGACCGAUCAUUCCCAAGGCUUAA